CAUGUCUGGCCGGGGCAAGGGCGGCAAGGGGCUCGGCAAGGGCGGCGCCAAGCGCCACCGCAAGGUGCUGCGCGACAACAUCCAGGGCAUCACCAAGCCGGCCAUCCGCCGCCUGGCUCGGCGCGGCGGCGUCAAGCGCAUCUCGGGGCUGAUCUACGAGGAGACGCGCGGCGUGCUCAAGGUCUUCCUGGAGAACGUGAUCCGCGACGCCGUCACCUACACGGAGCACGCCAAGAGGAAGACGGUCACGGCCAUGGACGUGGUCUACGCCCUCAAGCGCCAGGGUCGCACUCUCUACGGUUUCGGCGGCUAAGUUUAAAAUAGUUAA